GGUGUGCCCUGCUGCAUGUGUCUCUCCACCUGUGUGAGGUGGCAUCCUGACUCCCCUGCUGGGCUAGUGUCGCAGGUGACCCCCAUUAUGACAAUGGCAUCCCUCAGUGAUGUCUUGCUUGUCUUCCUGGUUCUCCUCAGCACGGCCAGCGCAGAAGCGCCACAGGAGCACGACCCAUUCACCUAUGACUACAAAUCCCUACGGAUCGGAGGCCUCACUGUAGCCGGGAUCCUCUUCAUUCUGGGAAUCCUCAUUAUCCUCAGCAAGAGGUGCCGAUGCAAGUUCAACCAGCAGCAGAAGUGUAAAAUCACAAAGUGCGACGACACAAAAAUGCAAGGAAAGAGCAAGCUGCUCAGAAAUGAGAUCACCUCACGCGUGGCCCAGUUUAGCUCGCAGUUCUCUUCCUGGCGCGUCGGUUCAUCUUUAAAUAAAAAUGUAAAGCUCAAGCAAGAACCGGGGAACCUGAUGAAGAGGAGGGAACUUUCCGCAGCUCCAUCCGCCGUCUGUCCACCCGCAGGCGGUAGAGACAACUGGUGCCUGGGACUCCGCCAGGAUUCCCCCCGCACCAGUCGCCUUCCGCCCACCACCUGCGCGCCUCCAGCCACCGCGCCUGCCCCCCCAGCCUCGUCCCACGGACUCGCCUGCCGCCCAGACUUCCAAUAAAACGUGCUUUUUAUUCCUGA